ACCAGCAGCGGGCAUGAUGAGCACCAAGGCCUUCACGCUGGUCUCUGCUGUGGAGCGGGAGCUGCUGAUGGGCGACAAGGAGCGCGUCAACAUCGAGUGCGUGGAGUGCUGCGGCAAGAACCUCUACGUGGGCACCAACGACUGCUCCAUCUACCACUUCCUGCUGGAGGAGCAGAGCCUGCCUGCCGGCACGGCCACGUUCACGGCCACCAAGCAGCUGCACAGACACCUGGGCCUCCGGAAGCCAGUGUGUGAGCUGCGAGCCGCCUCGGCCCUGCACAGACUGCUGGUGCUCUGUGACUACUCCAUCACUCUGGUCCACAUGCUGAGCCUGGAGCCUGUCCCCUCGGGGGCCCGCAUCAAGGGGGCCGUGGCGUUGGCCUUGAACGAGAACCCCGUGAGUGGGGACCCGUUUUGUGUGGAGGUCUGCAUCAUCUCCGUGAAACGCAGAACCAUCCAGGUGUUCAUGGUGUACGAAGACCGGGUCCAGAUUGUCAGGGAGGUGUCCACGCCGGAGCAGCCCCUGGCGGUGGCAGUGGACGGCCACUUCCUGUGCCUGGCUCUGACCACGCAGUACAUCAUCCUGAACUACAGCACGGGUGCCGCCCAGGACUUGUUUCCUUACUGCAGCGAGGAGAAGCGCCCCAUCGUCAAGCGGAUAGGGAGGCAGGAGUUCCUCCUGGCGGGCCCGGGAGGACUAGGCAUGUUUGCCACCGUUGCUGGGAUUUCUCAGCGGGCUCCUGUGCACUGGUCGGAGAACGUGAUCGGGGCGGCUGUCUGCUUCCCCUAUGUCCUGGCGCUCGACGACGCCUUCAUCACAGUCCACAGCAUGCUGGACCAGCAGCAGAAGCAGACCCUGCCCUUCAAGGAAGGCCACAUUCUGCAGGACUUCGAAGGAAGAGUGAUUGUCGCCACAAGUAAAGGAGUUUACAUCUUGGUUCCCUUACCUCUGGAAAAACAAAUACAGGAUCUUCUAGCAAGCCACAGAGUGGAGGAGGCGUUGGUUUUAGCAAAAGGAGCCCGGAGGAAUAUUCCAAAGGAAAAAUUUCAGGGAAUGUACAGAAGGAUCCUGCAGCAGGCGGGCUUCAUACACUUUGCACAACUGCAGUUCCUGGAAGCUAAAGAGCUCUUCAGAAGCGGCCAGCUUGACGUCCGGGAGCUGAUCUCUCUGUGCCCCUUCCUGUUGCCCACCUCCUCUUCAUUCACGCGGUCUCACCCUCCUCUCCACGAGUACGCAGACCUGAACCAGCUGACCCAGGGCGACCAGGAGAAGGCGGCCAAGUGCAAGCGCUUCCUCAUGACCUACCUGGAAGAAGUGCGCAGCUCAGAGGUGGUCCACGGCUACAAGGAGGACGUGGACACGGCCCUGCUCAAGCUGUACGCCGAGGCCGGCCACGCCAGCCUGCUGGACCUCCUGGUCACCGAGAACGCCUGCCUGCUGGCCGACAGCGCUGCCUGGCUGGAGAAGCACAAGCGGUAUUUUGCACUGGGACUGCUCUACCACCAUAAUAACCAGGACGCGGCUGCAGUUCAGUUGUGGGUGAACAUCGUGAACGGGGAAAUUGACGACCCCACGCGCGCAGACCUGUACGACUACGUGGUGGACUUCCUCACCCACAGCCCGGACCACGCGCUGGUGUGGAAGCACGCCGACUGGGCCUUGCAGAAAAGUGAGGAGGUUGGAGUUCAGGUUUUCACCAAGAGGCCUUCGGAGGAGCAGCAGGACGGUUUCAAUCCAGACGAUGUGCUCACUCGCCUUAAGAAAUACCCCAACGCCCUUGUGCGGUACCUGGAACACCUGGUUAUGGACAGGAACCUGCAGAGGGAAGAGUACCACACGCGCUUGGCCCUCCUCUACCUGGACGCGGUGCUGCAGCGGACGCCCGGCGCCAGCGGCUCGGGGGCCGAGGUGACGGAGACCCAGGCGAAGUUGCGACGCCUGCUGCAGAAGUCCGACUUGUACCGAGUGCACUUCCUGAUGGAGAGAGUGCGGGACGCCGGCCUGCCCAUGGAGAGGGCCAUCCUGCACGGGAAGCUGGAGGAGCACGAGCAGGCCCUGCGCACCCUGGCGCUCGAGCUGGGGGACUUCCCUGCGGCCGAGGACUACUGUGCCUGGAGCUCAGCGGAGUUUGACGCCGCCCAGGUUCUGCAGCUACUGCCGGGCACCUGGUCGGUGCAGCUGCUCUGCCCGUUCCUGACGGGCGCCGUGCGGGACAGCACCCACACCAGGAGGACUGCACAGGUGGCGCUCGGCCUGGCCACGUCGGAGAACCUGAUCUAUAAGCACGACCAGAUGAAGCUGAAAAGAAGCUCCUUCCGGCUCUCAGACAAACAGCUGUGCCAGGUGUGCCACAGUCCCUUCUGCGAGCCAGUGUUUGUUAGAUACCCAACCGGUGACCUCGUCCACACCCACUGUGCUGCCAGCAGACACACGAACCCCAGCGCCCCCCGCCCCGGCGCUCGGACUUGAAGGGGCCGCCUGGGCGCCAGGGGGACCUCGAGUUCUUCGCACACCAAGCCUGCCCAGUGCAAGGAGCAGAACGCGGCGGCGCUGUGCCAGCCAAGACAGAGGCGACGUCUCGGUGCCCGGGAGGCUCCGUCUGUGUGAAACAAGUCCUCUUCCCUGCUGACCAGUCGGCAUUGAAUGUAAACAGGAAACCCAAAAGGAGAGACGUGCUCGUUCGCCCGCCUAGACACACGGUUGUCCACUUGGACGGAUAAGUGAGCCUUCCGGGUGCACCCCCACAGGCUGGCGCCCACACCACGUCAGGCACACACUUGCCGGGACAGUGGCUUCAGGUGGCAGCAGGUGACCCUCUCCCGCCCGGCGAGUGGCCAGGGCAGGGUCCUGUGUGGGCAGAUUUCACGUCGCACUUCUCCCGCGUGGUGCGUGCUCCGUCCAUGGCACAGUGGCUGCUUCCCGAUGACCUCGGGCCUCUGCUCUUGCCCUUGGCUGGCCUGGGAGGUGUGUCCGUUCCCUCCUGCUUCCCUUCUGGCUUCUAGCAAGUGAACACCACUACGAAACUGAUGACGGCCGAGAGAGGGGCUGCCUGCCCGUCUGGACGACGGCAGAGACAGGGAACUGUGGGGACAGGGCCCAUGCGUGCGCCCCUCACUGCCGGCGUCUGCUGGCCUGAAACUCCACGGUCAAUGUGCUUGACUAAACAUUUUUAUUUGAAGUUAUAUUGUCUUUGUAAUAUUUCUCUUAUUUAGAAAAUCAUCUGUCGUAUUUGUUAGGGAUGUUUUUCUUGUUAAAUGUACCUCCUAUUGAAUACUUGGGAAGUUAAAAGGGAAACAAUGAGCACAAACCGAGCGUAUGUUCAGGCGAGGCCGGCUUCCCCUCGUGCUCAGCUGGGCAGGCAUGGGCGCUGCCGCUGCACGUGGGGAAGUGGCGCCCUCCCUGCAGGUCAUGCCACACCCUUAGAGGAAGCCCAGCCCGCUGCCUUACCUCCAGCACUUUACAUGCCUGCUCUGAGGUUUCCUGCUCACAGGGAAAUGAAUGCUGUCGGUCCCAGACUGCAGAUUCGUUCUGUGGUUACUGCACUGCCCUCUCGGAUUUCUUCAUUUUGAUGACUGAUUCUGUUAGGAAUGAACAAUAAAGACACUGUACCCCAUGCAAGGCUUGCAAGCAAGCAUCAGCGUCUGUGAGAAGAGAACCUGGAACACGCCCUCCCUCAGCCUCAGCCUUACGGAGGGGGAUGAAGAGCCCACUCCAGUCUUUAAAAACGUCUUCUGCACUAGCAGUGGUCAGCGUUCCUUUUCCUUCGUGAUGCCAACUGGGCCAAGAAGGCAAAGGCAUCCACGCUUUCUUUCCUAACUAAGUCUCGGUGAGCUCAACAGGAGAUAAUGAAGGAAUUCUGCCUGCAACGCGGCCAUGUGCUGUUACUCGGGGUGGACACAAAGCCCGGCCAGGAGCUGCCUGCGGAUGGCUUGCAGAAUCACCAUAUUACUGUGCAUAUCACCGUUCAACUUGUGUGCUUGGAUUUACUCCUCGAAGAACGGACGGCUAGUCCAUGCAAUAUGCACUUUGCAAAGCACUGUUUCUACUCAGAAUGGGUAAAAUCUUGAAAACGUCUUGUGAUUGCUCAUUUCUAACUUGGGGCCACUCGUCUCUUUUUUCCCUGCACAUUGAUCAAUACUUGGAAAUGUUUUUUUUUCCUUUAGAAUAAUGGGAAUUGGAGUUGAACAGUUUUCCAGCUCUCCCAGAUCCUCGAAGACAGGCAGAAUUCUGUGACACUGCAGAAUUGUCUCCUGUGUUCAAAACCUUUCUCUAAUCUUUCUCGAACUCCCACAAGGCUCUUUCCUCAAAUCAUAUUUUGAAAAGAAAUACAUGUUCUUUCGACAGGCCUGCUGCGUUGUGACCGUGCUGUUGGACAGAGCAAUUGGAAGCACCACUCAGCCCCCUUUCCCUCCAGGUUCUGUGUAACCAUUCUAGUUAAAACAGCAUGAACUGAACUCGGUUGUCAUUUUAUGUUCUGUGGGCAAGACUGUCUAAUUUUAUGGCCUGUGUAUCUGCUGUUGCCUGUCGAGAAUUAACAGGGGGUGUGUAGGCUGUGUGGCACGGGCCUGGCUCAGCCCUGGGAAGCUGUGCUGGAGGGAGGGGCCUCGGCCACACCAUCGAGCGAUGCCUGUCCACACAGCUGGGGUAGCCCUUGCUUUCUGCUCACUCUCCUAUGGAAACCAUUGUCCUUGCAACUCUAUCCUUUGCCCCUGGUUGGGUCCCAAAUACACAAGAUGUACAAAUGUAAACUUGAUUUUAUUAAAAUUCUUUUAAUUCUUUGU